AAUAAAUUAAAAAAAUAAUUAAAAAAAAAAAAAAAACCGAAGGGUAGAAGAAAAAGGUCAGGAGUUGCAGUUGCAGAAAAAGGGAAGAAAGGGCAUGCAUAGUACAGAUGAUCAUCGAUUGCUUCUAGAAGAUUCUCAUCUACAGAAAGAAAACAGCAAACAAUAUGCUGGAGAUGGGUCUGUGGAUCUUCAAGGGAAUCCUGUUUUAAAGAGCAAAACUGGAAACUGGAGAACCUGCCCUUUUAUACUUGGUACUGAAUGCUGUGAACGUCUUGCUUACUAUGGUAUCGCAAAAAAUCUUGUCACUUAUCUGAGUGGAAAAUUGCAUGAAGGAAAUGUCAUUGCUGCAAGAAAUGUUAACACUUGGGCAGGCACGUGUUACCUUACACCUCUUCUAGGAGCUUUCUUGGCUGAUGCAUACUGGGGAAGAUAUUGGACUAUUGCUGUCUUCUCCACAAUUUACUUUAUUGGAAUGUGUACAUUGGUCCUAUCUGCAUCAGUCCCUGCCUUUAAGCCUGCUGAUUGUGUGGGUUUGAUCUGCCCUUCAGCAAGUCCAGCACAAAAUGGCGUAUUUUUUGUAGGACUUUAUCUGAUUGCAUUAGGAACAGGAGGGAUUAAGCCUUGUGUUUCAUCUUUUGGUGCUGAUCAGUUUGAUGAUACUGACCCUAGUGAGAGGGUAAAGAAGGGAUCAUUUUUCAACUGGUUUUAUUUCUUUAUCAACAUUGGCUCACUUGUAUCAAGUACUCUUAUAGUAUGGAUACAAGAAAAUGUUGGAUGGGACAUAGGCUUUGGAAUCCCUGCACUAUUUAUGGGUGUUGCUAUUGCAAGUUUCUUCUCUGGAACUUCUCUGUACAGGUUUCAAAGACCCGGGGGAACUCCGUUGACAAGGAUGUGCCAGGUUGUAGUUGCAUCACUUCACAAGCGUGAGCUGGAAGUUCCACAAGAUAGUGCUCUCUUGUAUGAAACCCCAGACAAGCUUUCAGCAAUUGGAGGAAGUCGAAAGCUGGAGCACACUCAAGACAUGAAAUGCCUUGAUAAAGCAGCAGUCUUAUCAGAUUCUGAUGUACAAAGUGAGGAAUCGUACGAUCAAUGGAGAUUGUGUACUGUCACGCAAGUGGAAGAAUUGAAACUCUUGAUCCGCAUGUUCCCUAUAUGGGCAACAGGAAUUGUAUUUUCUGCUGUUUAUGCGCAGAUGGCAACACUGUUUAUUGAACAAGGAAUGGUUAUGGACAGAGGAAUUGGAACCUUCACCAUUCCAGCAGCUUCCCUUUCUACUUUCGAUGUCAUCAGUGUCAUCUUUUGGGUGCCAGUCUAUGAUAAGUUUCUGAUUCCUGGAGUUAGGAAGCUUACUGGCAAUGAAAAAGGGUUUUCUAAUCUACAGAGGAUGGGUAUCGGUCUCUUUAUAUCUAUCCUUGCCAUGGUAUCCGCAGCCUUGGUGGAGAUCAAGCAUUUGCAACUUGCAGAAGAGCUAGGUUUGGUCAAUGAGCAUGUUCCCGUCCCACUUAGCAUCUUCUGGCAAAUACCCCAGUUUUUCUUAGUGGGUGCUGCAGAGGUAUUUACUUUCAUAGGGCAGCUCGAGUUCUUCAAUGACCAAUCACCCGAUGCAAUGCGAAGUUUAUGUAGUGCCCUCUCUCUUCUAACUACAUCAUUGGGAAAUUACUUGAGCUCUCUGAUUCUAAUGAUUGUGACAGUCAUUACUACUGCUGAUGGGAAGCCCGGAUGGAUUCCUGAUAACCUAAAUAAGGGUCGUCUUUAUAACUUUUUCUGGCUCUUGGCCGGUCUCAGCUUCUUGAAUUUGUUGGUGUAUGUACUCUGUGCCAUGAAAUAUAAACAGAAGAACACUUCGUAGGAGUCCCACUGAACGGUAUUAACUACAAUGAUAUUAUUUCAGCCUUUCCAGCGUUGCUGCUAUUGUUACUGAAUAUGUUUUAUAUCUGAUGGCAAAUGUUCUGUAAUAUUAUAGUUCGGUUGAAUCAUGUUGUAUAUACCAUGUAUGCAAUAGUAUGAUCUUCUUGACAUGUAUAGCUAGCGUAUCGAAUGUAUAGUGAAUGACUGAAUGUAUAUAUUUCUUUCUGUGAUGUGGUUGAGUCACAAGGUUGGUCUCUUGUUAAUGUGAAUGAAUAUCUAGUUAGUAAGGA